AUCAGUGUGGAGUUCCAGGUUAGAGCAGCCCACCCAGCAGUGGGGGGGCUGACAGCUCCUUAUGGGGGCGGCAUUGCCGCCCCUUGGAGAAAGUCUCCCUUUCUUAGCUGUCUCAUUCUUGCUGGGCCCCCUGCUGCUGCUGCUUUUCCUGCUUGGGCUACUGAGCCAUCUUAUCUGGGAGAUCAUCAGCUGAGGAGAGGUGAUCUACUGCUAGUAACUGAAUUCUUCUCUGGCUUAGAUUCCCUCACUGCUGAAGAUUAUUGUGAAUCGAAGCUCAAGGAGCCCCCAUCCAGCUCCUGUAAUCUCGAAGGUAGCUAGGAGGCCCAAACUUGUGGAUUUAGGGACGUCUUGGUCCCAACGGAUGAAUUAUCCUUAUCGUCGGCGGUAUUCUAUUCAGAAAAUCCCUGCUGCCCCUCAUAUCCUAAGUGACAGCUCUGAGUCUCAAGCUCCUAUACACCCUUAUCAAAGGCCAAAGUUAAAGAGAGAGGCAGAACACCAAUCUAAGCUUGGCCUCCUGGGGGGGUGGCAGUCUAUGCCCCCCAAAGAACCCUGGUGCUACACAUUGGGAGCAGUCCCUCUCUCUCUAGCCUGGCAUUUGCUUCCAUCACCAGCUCCCAUUUUGCUCCAUGUUCAAUCUCCCUUCCCUGUGAUCCCAGCACUACAAAGCACUGUGAUCCCACCACUACCAAGCCCUGUGACACCAAAACUACAGAGUUCUAAGACCCCAUUACUCCAGAGCCCUGUGACUACAACACUAUUUAGUCCUGAAACCUGCAAUCACCUGGAGCAGAAUAUUGCAGGCCACCUCUUGCACCAUCAAGUCUAUAGUCAGUCAGCUCAAUCUUAUUCCACUGUGGUUCCAUCACCCUUGGUUUCUUUGCACCCACCCCCUCUUCCUCCUGAAACCAAGGAGAUGGUGCCCAGGAACAACAACCAAGUGGUACUACAGAUCUCUCUGUCCCCACAGUCACAGCCUGGUAUUGAGCUCCUCUUUGGUCCCACCCCCUGGUCUAGCUCAGCUGCCCAAACUCAGCUUUACCCUAAUACCUACCCUCAUACAAAUAGCCAGGUCCCCCCCAAACACUGCCCAUCCCAAGUGCUGCCCUCUCCCUGUAUUCCUUCACAGCCCCCUGACUGUACUCCUUCAUUAAAAGGAAGUCUAUCUUCUUCUGGUGGCCUCCAGGACUGCCAAGGGAGAAGGGAAAGGCUUCUGCAGCUUCAUAGUAGUGCAACAGCCCCCAGAGUUGGGGGGGGAUGCAUGCCAUGCAGGACUGGGCUUGGGGAGCAGGGGGAACCCGCAGCUCUGGCCCAGGACCUGGUGGCGCUACUUGGUCGCCGCCGCAUUGCCAGGGACCUUCGGCUACUGCUGCUGCAGCGCCUGUGGCAGGGUUGUGCUGGACCAGCCCCAGCCGUGGAGUAUCCUAUAUGUUUGGUGUGCCGCAAACCAAGAGGGCCCUCCUGCCCGACCCCCAUCGGCUGGCCUGGACCCCGGCUUCUCGCCUUCCCACAACUCCUUCCCUCCAAACAAGGGCUGGCAUUGGGGUCUGGGCCACUCCGUGUCGGCAUAGGCUUCGGUCUACACCUACAACGGGAUCAGGCCCAAGCCUUGGAGCUUUUGUCCAUGAAAGAGAUAGAGGAGCUGGAAUAUCUGGUCAAGUCUCAGUACUCCAAGGAAAAAAGAUUCCCGGACCCAGAGCCUCAAUUCCCACCCCCAGAGCCUCAAUUCCCACCUUGCAUCCCCUGCCCAGAGUCUCUACAAAAGGUGGCCCCAGACCUUGGUCCUGCUUUCCCAAAACCCAGUCCUUUACCUCCAGCCCAUCUGCCCACAUGCCUAGAGGACACCACCCACAUUUCGUCUCUAAGCAAGAACCUGGGCACGUCUGCCUAGGAACCGUCCAGGCCCCAUUCCCUUUAUUUCGGCCCAGGCCCCAAAGUACUGGGAGCCCAAGGGAUACCCUGAAGGGAUGGUUGGGUGGGGUCCAUGUCUACUCUCCAUCCCGGAAUCCUGGAAGUCCUUUAUGGAGUCUGUUGUCCCCAGGCUGAAAAUGGCCAAAGGGUGCUAUUAGUUUCUUCAACACCACUAGCACUUGGCCCUCAUUCUGUAGCCCACAAUAAAGAGAAUGCUAUAGAACUA